GUUAGUUCGAAUGUAGUUUUACUAUCUGCCAAUUGAGCCAAAAGAGCGCUGCUGUCUUUUGUGGAAGAAAACUGUGGAAACAUGGGUCGUAUGCACGCACCUGGUAAGGGUAUAUCCCAGUCAGCGUUACCAUAUAGACGCAGUGUCCCAACAUGGCUAAAAUUGACACCGGAGGAUUGUAAAGAAUUAAUUUACAAGCUAGCUAAAAAGGGACACACACCAUCACAGAUUGGAGUAAUAUUGCGAGAUUCUCAUGGAGUGGCUCAAGUCCGUUUCCGUACUGGAAAUAAGAUUCUCAGGAUUGUUAAAAGCAUGGGUCUUGCUCCAGACUUACCAGAGGAUCUUUACUAUUUGAUCAAAAAAGCAGUGGCUAUCAGGAAACAUUUGGAGAGAAAUAGGAAAGACAAAGACAGCAAAUUUAGAUUGAUUCUUGUUGAGUCCAGAAUUCACAGACUUGCUAGAUACUACAAGUCGAAAGGAACACUUCCAGCUAACUGGAAAUACGAGAGUUCUACUGCCAGUGCUCUCGUCGCUUAAUUACUUUCUCAUAUUUCUUAAUAAAAUAAGAAUUUAAAUAACA